UAUCCUUCUCUCCGAAGCGAACGAAACCAAUCAGUCCCGUCCCGACCUCCCCGCUCCCGAACCCUCGCCUCCCCACAUCUCAAUCUCAUCUCAUCGGCGCCGCCCCGCCUCCCUCACUCACACCUCGCCGCCGCCCAUGGCCACCGCCCUCUUCCUUCCCGCACCUCCCCUCCCAUUCCCUCCCUCACCAGAAGAGAAGAGAAGAGAAGGGAGCAGCGGGCAGAUCAGGCGGCGGCUACGAUCCGGCCAUGGGACUGGAGCUCCAUCGCCACUGAUGAAUAUCGCGAGCGAGCGGCCGUGCGUGCGUCAGGACACGCUCGUCAAGGCCCCCGCCUCCUUCCUUCCUUCCUUGUGCUCGGCCAUGCCUAGCGCUAGCAGCAAGGAGGAGGAUCUACUACCCUACAGAAGGAAAGGAAGAGGCCGCCGGCGAGCGAGGCACGGCCACGGCGUUGGACAGCUGCUCCUCCCAAGGUGACCUCCGUCGUCCCCGUCACCGACCCCCUCCGACAUCCCCGCCGUCGUCCCAGUCACCGACCCCC